CUACACUUUCAAUCAUGUGAAGUGAAACACAGAGGGCACAGGAAUGCCAGCACAGAAACCUAUCUGUACAACCAACACAAACACACAGAUGGCCUUGGAACAACCACACAGGACCUUAGGAAAGGUCACCACUGUCUUCGCAACCAAGCUCAAGUCUUUCACCUUUGUACCUCUGCUGAAAAGGCUGCCUAAUGAGCACAGGGUUACAGUAAACUGGAAAAAGGCACUUCAGACAAGCUGGCCAAACAAGACACGAGAACCAGGGGACUCUGAAGACAUAAUGGCCGAUGAGAGGGUUUACAAGGCUGAGGUUAUUUACAUCCAAGACCCAGAGGAGGGCAAGUUUGGAGAAACAUUCAAGAAUACCACUCAAAGUGAGAUUCAGUCAACUGACAACUUAACGCCUAACCUGCAAAACACCCUACUUGGGCCUAACACAGAAUUUGGCAGCAUAACCCCCAAGCCAAGCCCUGCCACCAUGGAAACCGUUGAUAACAAACACCCUGGCAUUCCUCAUCUAGGUUUUCACAACACUUCAGUGGGUGCUGAGGUCAGCUUGGGUCAGUUUUUAAAUAGCACAUCACAGAGAGAUGAGGUCCUGAGCCCUGCCAACUCGAUGGAUUUCAUCACUUCCUCAGCAUCGUCUAAGGAGUCUAUCUUCUCGGAGGGCUGGGACAAGGACAGGAGCUGGCCAGCACUCCACAUGUUGUCACAUAAUGGUUCUCCUGUCUCCCUUAGUCGCACAGUCUCCCCGUGCUCUUCCAUAAGAUCAGGGGCCUUCACGCCCUCAGUGGUGCAAAUUAAGAAGCACGCCUUGGCUCCAGGCUCCAGUUUGAUGUCGUCUGCUUGUGGAACACCAUGCUGCGGCAGUCGGGCGACCUCACCCCUCUCUCCACAUGCCCGACACAGGCCCCCACCAACCCAGCUCUCCCUGUUAACGGCCAUCCUCAGGAAAGGACGUCUACCAGUCCUGUCUUCUACUUUACAGAGACACUACACCCCCUGCUGGCCCAUCAGUCCAGUUAACAUGUCCUCCUGUUUAGCUUGUUCAGCUGCCUCUGCCAUUGCACCCAUGAACAUGUCCAAAGCAAAGUCUUGUUCCUCCAUUGAUAGAUCCAGUAGUGAGCCUUGCCAGAAUUCUAAGCCACAAAAUGAAAUCCCACUGCAACCACCUAAAAGACUAGACUCUUGGCUACAUGUCACCAAUAAUAGCAUCAUCUUGCCUACAAAAGACAGCCUUUUGGCUUCACCAAGCUUACCAACAGUCAAGGCUGCCUCUACACACCUUUCCAUAUCAGGUCACAAGGACAACCAUCUGCCUACAGUUCCUAGCCCACUUUCGUGUACCUACUUCUCCAACAUGAGGUCCUUGUCUCCUAAAUCGAGCUCUCUGUCCUGUUGCAGCCCUGAGACUACAUCAGUGUCAGGUGAUCACACUGCUUCUAUGGAUCCAAACAAUUAUUUCGCAAACUUUAAGCUUUACGAUGAACCAAAACAGAGUCAGAAGACAUCUUAUCUCUCUGCUGAGCCAUCUCUGAAACAUACAGGAAGGUCUUCUGACCAUUUAAGCUCCUUGAUACCAAAAGCCACACACAAUUCACAUAAAUCCUGCAGCCCUCCUCUGAAAUACACAGUAGCAUCAUGUGAUAACUCUGCAUCACCAGUUUUAAACCACUCAGAGAACAGACCAGGUACUCUCCACCAAAAUGCCAGCAAAAGUGAUGCCGAAAGAGUGCACCUGUCAUCCCCAGCUUUUACACUGUCUCCCUCUCCCAGAACCCUGGGUCUCACCCAUCAGUCCUUUACACCUCCAGCCUCUUCUCCUUGUCCCUCAGCCUACCCAAACUCCCGGUCUUCCACUCCAGAGUGCUGUAUUCUUUCCCCCUCCCCAGCGGCCCUGAGCCGCCAGCUCUCCCCAUCACCCUCAUACUCCCUCAGUUCAUCACCCUCUCCAUCCCUCUGGGGCAGCACACCAGACUGCGCAGACAGGGACGAUAAAAAUAGAAAGCCACAUAAGCUCAAAUCCACCUACAAGGCCAUUGCUGCUAUUCCUACAAAUACACUACUCCAGGAGCAGCAGGCCAUAGAUGAUGAGGUCAACAAGAAUGAGCCAUUGGUUAACCCUGCGGACAACUACACGUGGGAGGACCCACAUUCAAAGAUGUGUUCACCUGCAGAGCUUCGUCAGCAAUCUGAUGAACUUUAUGCCGCCAUCGAUGAAGUCCUAGAAGGCCCUAUCAAAAGACGUCAAAAACAUCAUGUUAACAAAACCCCUGCUUUGGGAGAAGAGGCACCAAGGCCACAGACAUCAACACCAUCUCCAAAACAAGUGGGACGAGAAACAAAAUAUGCAAACUUUCACUGUCAACCCUGUCUACCUACUGAAAAAACCCAGACAAAGCCUGGCAUUAUUAGACCAGUACAUAUAACAUCAAGAUUAACAGAUGAUAAAGACGAUGAAGAAUUCCACCCAAAUCCUUUUAAGAGCUACAAAGGGAACACUUCCAGUCGUUACCAAUACAAGUUUGUCAGAAAUCCACUCUUGAAUGAAUCCAAAGCAGAUGGCAGAGGAGCCUCAGACUGGCACUGCACUGAUGGAGAGGAGCAAGGAGACUCUAAGAGCAGCCUCGCAUCACUAAUCACGCAAACCAGGAGCUCUCAACAAGAUGUUCCCAUCUCCAUCCACACUCACGAGACACACAUAUGAUGCUGAAUGUAACUGUAACGACACAUCAAACUGCUCAGUAAUCAGUUAAAAGUGCACUAAGUAAUUUCUACCUAAUGAAAUGAAUGGUACAUUUUACAGUCUAUUUAAAAUACACAAGACAAAGACUACAGUCAGAGCCUUGAAACAAACACCAACUGGUGGCAGCAGCAGAGAGACUAAAGCUGGCAUUGUUGUUUAGGAAAAUGAGUAAGAGCAAGUGAAACAUGAAUAUGUAAUGUAAUUACUUAUUGAGCUUUUACAGCCAGACAGUGAUUAUACUGAUAUUGCCUAUACUGUCAGCAUCGCAUUAAAUUAAUAUCACUUAUGCAAUGCUUCUGAUGCAAUUCUAAUCAAUUUAACAAUAAAUGUAUGUCAUGUGUAAAAUAUUUAUCUUGUG